AUGCCUGCCCUUCUUGAGAGCUUGGUCGUCACUGAGGUGCCUGGUCCCAUCUCCAAGGUGGCUUGCAAGAAGCUUGACCAGUUCUUCGACUCUCGCGCGGUCCAUUUCGUUGUCGACUAUGACAAGAGCUCCGGCAACUACAUUGUCGAUGUUGACGGCAACCGGUACAUUGAUGUGUACUCUCAGAUCGCAUCAAUCGCUGUCGGGUAUAACAAUCCUGCCCUGAGGGAAGCAGCGCAAUCACCUGAGGUCAUCUCAGCGCUCGUGAACCGCCCUGCCCUUGGCAACUUCCCAUCGAGCAGGUGGCAUGAUACCCUUAAGGACGGCCUGCUUAAGGUUGCACCUGAAGGGCUGAAUAUGAUCUUUACCGCCCAGUCGGGCUCUGAAGCUAACGAACUCGCCUACAAGGCUGCCUUCAUGCUUUACAGGCGUAAGGAGCGUGGCGAAGGUGCGGGGUGGACGCCGGAGGAAGUCACCUCAUGUGUUGAUAACGCGAAGCCUGGCUCUCCCGAUCUUGCGAUUCUGAGCUUUGCCAAUUCCUUCCACGGCCGUGGAUUCGGUAGUCUAUCAACCACCCGCUCGAAGGCCGUCCAUAAGCUGGACAUUCCCUCUUUCCACUGGCCCCAGGCUCCGUUCCCUGCCCUUAAAUACCCCCUCGAAAAGUACACCUUUGAGAACGCUGCUGAGGAGCAGAGAUGCCUCAACGAGGUUGAACGUCUCAUGACUUCCUGGCGAUUCCCUGUUGCCGGUCUGGUUGUUGAGCCGAUCCAGAGCGAGGGAGGCGACAACCAUGCCUCGCCUGCCUUCUUCCAAGGACUGCGCGGUAUCACCAAGAAGCAUGGCGUCGCCAUGAUUGUGGACGAGGUCCAGACUGGAUUCGGAGCGACUGGUAAGUUCUGGGGCCACGCGCACUGGAACCUCGAUUCGCCUCCCGAUAUGGUUACCUUCUCCAAGAAGGCGCAAACGGCAGGCUACUUCUUCGGUGACCGCAUGCUGGUUCCGGAUAAGGCUUACAGGCAGUUCAACACCUGGAUUGGCGAUCCGGCCCGCGUCGCCAUGAGCAAGGCCGUUAUCAACGAGAUCCUCGACAAGAAUCUGGUCGAGCAAUGCGCUCGCGUGGGUAAGGCCCUGUAUGCGGAGCUCGAGACGCUCGCACGGAAAUACCCAGAUCUCGUCAUGAACCUACGUGGCAAGGGACAGGGUACCUAUCUCGCAUUCGACACGAAAGAUGCAGGCGCGCUGAGCAAGGCAAUGAGGCUUUUGGGCGUCAACAUCGGCACAUGUGGCAAGGAGACUGUCCGACUCCGCCCUAUGCUGAUUUUCGAUGAAUCCUUUAUCCCGGCUCUCAUUACCGCCCUGGAUAAGGUUCUGGCGUCUACAUAG